AUGAAUAAAUGUUAUGUAUGUGAUAAGGAAUCAAAAUAUAAAUGUCCAAAUUGUUUAAUUAAGUUAUGUUCUCUUAGAUGUACUCAGGAACACAAUAAAAAUACUCAGAACGGGUGUAACUCUUCCAAUUCUAUUUCAGUGGGUAUCAAGAACAAAUAUAAUAUAAAACACAUUGGGAAAGAUGAUAUAAAUAAUGAAAUACUCUUGAGUGACUGUAAUUUUCUGGAUUCCGUCUCUAAAAAACUAGAAUCUACCACACGUUUCUACGUCAACCCAUUUAUACUUAACAAUACAAGCAACAGAAGGUUCAUAAGGAAGCACUGUAGCGAAAAGGGGAUAAAUCUCAUAUUUUCUCCUUUAAUAAUGAAAAGGACUAAGUUAAACAAAACUAAGAUUAAAAAAGGCGUGAUAUUAUGGACAAUUGAAUUUGUAUACUUGGAUAAUUCGUCAUUUUUGCUACACAACGUAGAUGAGAAUACUAAGCUAAAUGAGCUGUAUAACAAUUUGAAGAAAAAAAACGAACUUUCACCCAUUGGUAAUUUUUUAUUAAUACUAGUUUUGGAAAUAAAAAUACUAUUAAAUAUAGACAAUAUACAACUAUUAAUGAAAACGAAUCCUAAGGAAGGAAAUAAAUUAGAAUACACUAAAUGUAACAUUGAAGAGACCAUUUUAAACAAUUUAAUUAAUCGCAAUAUACUAGAUUUUCCAACAUUUUAUGUAAUUUUAAAGAAUCAAAUAGAGUCGUAUAAAAUUGUGGAAUCCACUUCUGAUCAUGCUGAUGAACUAGAGGAUGGUGAACCGGAGGUUACCGAGGGGAAUUAUGAUAACAGGUUGGUACUCGAAUCACAAAUGGGUGAUCCAGUAACAUCCAUAUGGAUGGGUAAGGAGGGCAUUGUAGCAGGAACUGCGCUGGGCAGAGUCUCGUCAUAUAUUUUUAACUCACAUAUUGGAAAUCCUACCAUUUCUUCUAUAGACAAAGAUACCACUUUGGCGGAUGAUUCAGCUACUACCGGCUCAUCGACUAAAACUAAAAAAGUUAAAACAAAAAAAUCACACUCCAGUAAUUCAGAAGUCGUUGUAGUAGAUAUUGACAAACUGGAAUCUUCCAUUGAUGGUUUGAAACUCAAUUCCACCAGCCGUAACUAUGAUAACAGGGACCCCAGUUCCAGAGUGGUUGGCAGAUAUGUUGUGUACUCAAGCUAUAAUGACGAGUGUGUAAAUGGAGUGUACAUUUCUGAGGGCAAAUUGUACACCCUGGUAGGCCUGAAUAACAUAAUAAUUUAUGAUAUUGAUCGCUAUAGCAUACACAGCGACGUGUAUGUAAACAAUGAAAUUACCAGCACUAGCCCUUAUAAAAAUUACAAACAGAUAAUCCAAAACAAUAACUACGUGCUCAUGAUGUGUAACAACACCAUCGUUCUUAUGAACCUAACUGAGGUUGAAACUGAGGGCUCAGUGCUUAAAUUGACAUACGUUGACACUAACGUCCAUCUAGAAAACAUUCUCGAGUUUAAAUUUCCUUAUGUAGUCACUUGUAAAACUAACACUGAAGAAAACAACAGUAAAUGUGUAAAUAUUUAUUCAAUUAAAAAAACCAGUAAUAAUAAUGCCAGAAGCCGAGAAAUGUAUGAUUUGGCUUUGAUUAACAAAAUUGCCGUGGACAAUAAGCAGCACUUGGUAACAAACUGUAAAAUAUGGGAUAAUACACUAACGGUAGUCACAGACUUGUUGAUUUUAACUUUAUAUAGCAUCCAUGAUGUUGACGGGAACAUCAUUGCUAGAAAGCGUUUAUCGUACGACAUUUUAGAUGUAAAUUGUGGCGAGAAUGUGUUAUUAUUGUUGAAAAACUCUCAAAUUUUAGUACUAAAUAAAAAAUUACAUGUUUUAAACAAAUUCAGCAUCCUUUCAACCUUUGAACUAGGUUGGAGUUACAAUUUAGUAAACUACAAUAACGUAUUCUGUUACAAUUCAGAUGAGGGAAUAUACAUUUUCCAGCUAUAA